AUGUGGCCUCAAGGGGCCAUCUUCGUGGUCCUGCCUCUCCCGGGGCCCACCCUUGUCUGGCUGCUCAUCCAUCACUCGAUGCCCGACUGGUGUGAAGUGAGAAAGCUGCCCUGGUGCCCCCCAGAGUUGUUGCUGGUGUGGACAACCAUCUACUCCAUCACGGGCUAUGCCUCCCACCUGGUGUGGAAGGACCUGGGAGGGGGCUCUGGGCAGCCGCUGCCCCUCGGUCUCUAGGCUGUGCAGCUCACCAUCAGCUGAUGUCCUGAUCCUCCUGUUGGCAGCCCACACCCCGGCCUGGCCCUGCUGCACCUGCUGCUGCUCUUCGGGCUGGUGAUGCGCACGGCUCUGCUCUGGCAGCCCAUCAACAAGCCGGCCACCCUGCUGCUGCUGCCCUACCUGGCCUGGCUCACCGUGGCCGUUGCCAUCACCCACCACCUGUGGAGGGACAGCCCCGGGGGGAGAGGAGGAGCCUCAGACUCUGGGAGCCCCGGGGCCCCCUCGCUGCACCCCGCCCAGGCUCUGGACACCCCUGUUGUUUAUGUCAACAGAGCGGUUGCCCACCAGGGGGUGCCCGGUGCCCGCGGCCCGCUGUUUGUAUUCCUCAUCUCGGUGGUGACCGGGGGGCGGGCACAGCCGGGCUGGGUCUCCGGGAGCCUCAGCCCCUCCAUGGCUCAGAAAGAAGAGGCCGCGGCGGCCGCGGCAGCCACGGAGCCCGCCUCCCAGAAUGGCGAGGACCUGGAGAACCUGGAGGACCCCGAGAAGCUGAAGGAGCUGAUUGAGCUGCCGCCCUUUGAGAUCGUCACCGGGUGA